AUGAAGACGACUUUCGAGCCCAGUCGGGUCAUCCAGCCCAUCUACACGGGCGGCGCUGUGUCGCUCAGUCAAGAUGGCCACAUCCUCGCUUCUUCCCUCGGCGAAGAAGCACUGCUCACGGACUUGACUACAGGCGCGCAUUUGGCCCGCAUUGAAGGCGACGGCGAACCUCUGACCACCCUUACCCUCAGCCCCGAUGCUACACAUCUCGUUGUGUGCUCACGAUCGAACGCAGUGCGUAUAUUCGCUUUGCACGACUCGCAGGUGGACGACACAAUUGAUGCGAGACUGCUCCGGACUCUCAAGCCACACAAGACGCCUGUGGUAGUGGUGGCAGUGGACAACACGAGCUCUUUGCUGGCCACGGGCGGCGCGGAUGGAGAAGUCAAAGUGUGGGAUCUCAGAGGCGGUUACACGACCCAUACCUUCCACGGCCACAGUGGAGUCGUCUCGGCCCUACACUUUUUUCAUGUCGACCCAAACGAGACAGAGCAGACGUCGACAAAGGGCAAAAAAAGGAAGAACAAGCAAAGAAAUGGGGAGGCUGAGGAAGUGCAAAACGAGGCUACUGCAGGCUACAGACUGGCUUCUGGUGGCGAAGAUGGGAACAUCAGAAUAUGGGACCUGAGUAAAAGCCAAGGCGUCGCAUCUCUCGAGAGUCAUGUUAGUGUGGUGAAGAGCUUGGAUUACGCGCCAGAUCAGAGAUUGCUAUUAAGCGGGAGUCGAGACAAGACUGUCAUUCUGUGGGACUCGAAAACGUGGCAGCAAGUCAGUACUAUCGCAGUGUUGGAAACGAUCGAGACAGCCGGAUUCGUGGAAACUGGGAAGCUCAUCUACACCGGAGGGGAUACGGCGAGACUAAGAAUAUGGACCACGGACGACGGCCAGGAAGUGACAGAAGAUCAAGAAGAAGGCGCAGAAAUAGAGAGAAUAGUCGACGUUCAGCAGUGGGCUAAUCUCCCUUUCUUACUCACGGUGCACGACGAUCAGACUCUGGUGCUGCGCUCACUAGAAGGACUGAAAGAUGCAUCUGGAAACGCUCGAAUCCCUGCCCUACCAGUUAUACGGCGGAUCAGCGGAACGCACGACGAAGUCAUCGACCUGGCAUAUAUCGGACGGCACCGCAAUCUCCUUGCGCUCGCUACAAAUCUCGAAGACAUCCGCAUCGUCUCACUAGACACAAGCGCGUCAAAUGGAUCAUCCCCUUACUUCGGCGCAGAUAUAGCUCUUCUUAAGGGUCACACCGAAAUCAUCAUCACAAUCGACACCGACUGGUCUGGCUGUUGGCUCGCCACAGGGGCAAAGGAUAACACUGCAAAGCUGUGGCGGCUGGAUCCCGAGAAUAACUCCUACGAAUGCUACGCAACAUUUACCGGUCAUGCUGAGAGUAUAGGGGCUGUUGCACUGCCUAACGCUGCUCCAGUACCAGGAUCGAAAGAGUUCGAGAAUCCGCUCGAGCACCCACCUGAGUUUAUGAUCACUGGCAGUCAGGACAAGACGGUUAAGAGAUGGGACAUCAGCAAACAAGCCGGGAAAGGACCUCGAGCCGCGUAUACCAGAAAGGCGCAUGACAGAGAUAUCAACGCCAUCGAGACGUCCUACUCCACCACGACCCCACUUUUCGCCUCAGCAUCACAGGACCGAACAGUCAAAAUCUGGGAUGUGCAAACCGGUGAGCCUAUCGGCGUGCUUCGAGGUCAUAAGCGUGGUGUGUGGAGCAUAGCGUUCGCGCCCACGGACAUGCCUGCGUUGACUACGAAUGACAACGGGAAUGCAAGCACGUCCAAGGGUAUGGUCGUUACGGGCAGCGGAGACAAGAUGGUGAAAAUAUGGAGCUUGACGGACUACAGCUGCUUGCGAACGUUCGAGGGCCACUCGAACAGCGUGUUGAAAGUCGUCUGGCUGCCACCUCCAAGUAAAGAUGACAGGGACGGCAGAGGUGUGCAAGUCGCUAGCGCAGCAGGUGACGGACUUGUGAAAGUUUGGGAUGCGCAAGGUGGUGAAUGUGCAGCCACACUAGACAAUCACAUCGAUCGUGUCUGGGCACUUGCAGUUCGACCUCAGCCAAUUCUCUCGAUAGCAGAAGCAGAAGCUAAAAUCGCGGAAGGUCAUGAGGAUGAAAAAGAUGAUUCUGCGCCACAACUAGAAUUGGUUUCUGGCUCAGCAGACAGUACGCUGACCUUCUGGACUGAUACGACGACGCAGACUGCCCUUGCAGCCACAACGCAAGCCACGCAACGGAUUGAACAGGACCAAGAAUUGCAAAACGCAAUUCGAGCCAACAACUUCCGAGACGCAAUCGUGCUAGCUCUUCAAUUGAACCACCCGAAACGCCUUCUCGAGAUCUUCAAAUCGGCCAUUGAUAAUCCCUCCACAGAAGCAGAAAGCUUCACUGGUCGCGCUGAAGUCGACGAAGUGUUGGCCAGCUUAUCAGAAGGUCAACUCUGGAACCUCCUCCGCCGGAUUCGAGACUGGAAUGCCAACGGGAGGACACAUCAUGUUGCGCAACGCAUCUUAUAUGCCCUGUUUAGGAUUUACCCGAAAGAGAAGAUCAUCGGUCUACAACGAAAACGUAAGCAGAUGGUAGCGGCAGAAGAUGAAGACGAGGUUUUGGCUGGUGCUAUGGCAGAGACGACUCUGCAAGAAAAAGCGAAGAGCAAAGAGAGCGUGAAGGAUGUACUCGAUGGAUUAAAAGCUUAUUCCGAGAGGCAUUAUCAGAGGCUGGAGAAGACUAGUGAGGAGAGGUUUGUGCUGCUGUGGGCGCUAGGUCAGAUGGAUGAUGUGUCUACCGCGAAUCUGCAAUUGACGACCAGGCACCCAGGGGAAGAUCUGGUAAUGCUGGAUUAGACUAUGGCUGGUAGGAGGCGAAAUAAUGAUAAAGACACAGCGCCAGUCGGUAUCAACAUGUACCACGCUGCCUUCGA